GCAUCCUCGUUUUGGCGGUCGGGUGCGAAGCGGCGUGUGUGGUGUGGCCUGUGAUGCGUUGCUUUGCAGGGCGCCGUAGUAGCAUGCGUGGCGCCGAAACCACCCGCUGUCGUUGUGUCGGCGCGCAUCGGCGGUGACGGCUGCGUGCGUGCUGCUCCAGUGAGUGAGUGGGUGCGCCUCGUUUCGGCGUCCAGCGGUAAAGGAGCAGCGGCACAGCGGCUAGUGCAGGAAGCGAUGGCCUCGUGGCCGGCCUUCCUUGCACUGUUGCUGAUGGCCGGCAGCGCUGCUGAGCAGUGUGGUGAGACCCGCGACGGCGCCGACAAAGGCAUCUUGCGACCGCCUCGGCCCCUUCGGUCAAGUGACCGGCUCAACUGCACUUGGACGCUUCGCUCUGCUCCUGGAUUUCGGCUGCUGGUGCGGCUGGACAGCGUGCAACUGCCGUCGCCUGUACUAAGGAGUGCCGCGUUGCGCCUCAUCGUAGACGGCCACGUGAGCGAGUUCACGCGCUCAUGCGUCAACUGCCUGGACGCCACGCUAUCCGGAGAGACGGUGCAGGUCCACUUCGUCUCCAGCCCCCUGGCCGAUGGUUCGGUGCCGGGCAGCUUCCAGCUCCGCUACCAAGCGUUCAAUCCGAACCAGUGCGAGCGGCCGCGGCCGCCGAGCCAGGGCUACGUCGUGGGCCGCGACUGGCAGCUGGGCGGCGAGAUCCGGUUUGCGUGCAACCCGCCGCUGGACCCUGUGGGACACGCGGGAGUGGCGCGCUGCGAGACAGGAAGCGAUGGCGUGCCGCGCUGGAGCCGCACCGCUCCCCGAUGCGCUGCCACCAACUGUCUCCGAGGCAUCGUGCGACGGGACGCCGGCACCGGCGCCAUCGCCAGCCCUGGAUUCCUCGAAAAGAGGUUGCCGCCGAACCGGCGCUGUGAGUGGCAGAUCAACGCACAGCCCGGACAACAGGUAUGGGCGAGCUUCACGCAGCUUCGCCUGCCGCGGGCCUCGGGUGGUGACGGGCCACAGCUGUACCUGUUCGACGGCGACGAGUCGACGCCGCUGGCCAACAUGAGCGGCGUGCAGCUGAAGCCGCCGCCUCUGAAUGUGACGAGCGUGUCGAACCGUCUGAUCGUGUUGCUGCUGACGGGCGCACAGCCCACCAAUGACGCCGUGGUGUACAUGGAGUACGCGCCACGACCGGCCGCUUGUGCGGAGCCCGCAACGCCCGCCAACGGCUCACUGGUCGCCUAUAGCCUGGGCGUGGGUUCGCGUGUGGCGUACCGCUGCGACAGUGGAUAUGCCAUGGUUGGCGAGCCGGGCGCCGAGUGCCUGCCGUCAGGCGAAUGGAGCGCCUCGCCACCGCAGUGCGUGCCACAGGAGGUGCCGCCAGUCGACGAUAAUCACCAGGAUGUGUCUGAGGACGUGCACGUGGACACAUCAGCCCACGACGACCUGGCCCUGGGUGGUCCUCGCGGUUUCACCUUGGCUCCAACGACCUCUACCGACCACGUGACCUCAGAGAUUGGACGAAGAGCUUGCGACGACAGCUGCGACGACGCCUGUCACAACUGCGCUGCCCUCAUCCGAAGAGGCGCUCGACCCACUCCCGGAGAGUCUGGAUCGGGAUCGCUGGACACCUUACGAGCAGGAUGUCAAUCGCGGUGCUGUACCGGCGAAGGCGCCUCCGCGCAAGCCUUCGGCACACAUGGAUCCGUGGCCGGUGUCAGACCACGCCGCCGUAUUGGUGGGCGAAGAGCUUCUUCCGCACGGCACGGAACCCAGCCUCACUUCUGGCAGCCGUGACGACGUCGACGUCCCGGCACGGAGUGGCGACUUGGAGGACGGGCUCACCGUAACCAUGGUGGCUGUCAUCGUAGCCGUCACUGCGCCUCUGGCAAUCGCCCUGCUGCUCCUCAUCGUCCUCGUGGCCUACAGGCGCCGCUAUCCGGUGCGCAUGGGCUUCGGGCGAAAGUUUCCUACUUUUGAAAACCCAGCCUACGUGCGCAAAGACGCCCAUCACCCACGGGAACUCACCAGGCUUUCGAUAGCUGACCGGGAUCGCUUCUGAUGUGGUGUAUGGCAGAAAAACUAUAUUGCUGGUAGGGAUUUCCAUGACCAGCGGAAGUCGUGAGAGCAGGGUGGGAAGAAAUAACAAAGCAGUAGUUGCCGUGGUACUGCUUAGGAACAGCGAUUGCCUUCUCCUCAGUGCUUUAUUUUUCUCCUCGAACACGCCAGCUCAUGUAUUCGAAGGCUAGAGCCGUGCCCACCACAAGGGGCCUUCUGUUGUUUUGGUGUUAUCUGAGGAUGGGACAUCACAUGGCUUGGUGACCAACGAUGUGUUCAGCGAGUGUCAAGAUUCUGCUUGUAGUCGGGCCCAGCUGGCAAACCAUUAUUUUUGUUUGCACACUGUCAUUUUUCGGUGGCCGCUUGCACAAAGUAUGGCGUCAUCGUGUGUUUUAAAGAGACAAUACCACUCGCCGAUGUUUGCUUGGUUUGAAUGGUGUGUACGUGUUCUCGUCGUUGGUUGCCUUCGGCAGUCUCGCUUGGCCCCUUUUCGUGGAAUGAUAUCGAACACUCAAAGUGACGAAACGUGAUGUCAUCCGGUGAUUGUCAAACUGUUUUUAAGGCGUGCACGCGAAUUAUGACGCCUUUGGGACAGCGAUAUGCCCAAGUGUGUGUGUUCAAGACAUCCUGCAACACAAUGCACUUGCUGCUCGUCACAACGAAAGUACCACUAGUGCCCACACUGUAGUCAUACUGCUCUCAUUCAUAAAUGCCGCUCCGGAAAUGCUACGGAAGGCAAAAAUUAUUGAUAUGACGACGCGUUAUUGCCAGCUGACUCUUACUGUACUUCUUAGUUGCAGAAACGAAUAUGUCCUAAUCAACCAAUGGUACUUAAUAAGUGAAGAGCGUUGAUCCUUAGUGUAGGACAAUAAGUGGAUGUCUUUGUCGCUCUCUCUGAUGCCGACUAUUCGCCACUUCCACGGUGUUCCUCGCCUCAUUCGACAAUGAUCUUUACAAGUAAGUCUGUAAUAUUACAUAACAGGUAGAGCGACUUACAGGAAGUGAACGCAAGAAUGAUGACGAACAGCUUGAAAUACCAUUUACCAUUGCUCCUGAAGCUGGGGGUCACUUCUCUUGCCUUUCUUCGUUUCUUACGUACUCUUCUGUCUCCAAAGAAUUGUGAUCAGUUGGGUGAAAAAUACAUGUCACUCUCGCGCAGAAAUUGGCAAGCAACAGAGAAACAUUAAUAUUAGGCUUGUGCGAAUAUUCGAGCAGUUCGGAUGUUGGAACGAUUACAACAGUAUUCGAAUUCACUUCGAAAGUAAUUUAAAUUAUUCUAAAUUUCGAGGUAUUAGAAAUGAACGAAUAGACAUAUAUAAAUCGCUUGUAACCCCCUGUCAAAAGGGUUUCACUACAGUGCAGGAUUGCUCUACCGUGAAUACACCUUUACGGGGGAAAGGUGGGGCUUUACGGCUCUGCCGUGAGGCCCUACUUCAAGGUUAAAUGACCAAGUUAGUCUCACAUCAAUUCAUCAUUUUUUUUUAACUUUAAAAGCUCUUUAUACCUGGUUAUAUGCUCUAAGCAAAGUAAAUUUGAAAAUGUAACAUAUUUUACAGGUUAUCACUUUCAUUCUACCGAAAGUGAAAUCCUGCUACUAUUCAAAGUCGCUUUCACUUCCCUUUGAACCAAGGAGAUUGACAUUUGCACAUGCCUUGUUUCCAUUAAAAAAAUAUUGUGCAGGUUAGUUGGGUCAUGACAAAUAGGCUCAUUUUUCCUUACGAUAUGUGAUGUAUACUAUUCGAAUUCGACUCCAAAUUAUUCGACCAAAUCAGUAUUCGCUUCGAAUUCCCUUCGAACCUAAAAUUUACUAUUGGCACAAGCCUAACAAAUAUGUUAAUAAAUUCGUACGACAAAGAGAUUAAGUACAUUUGCUACAGCUGGCGUUCUUUUCGUCCCGACUUUUCCGGUGUUUUGGUAGCUUUUACAAAGACUCCUGUCAAUAUUACAUAUUUUCAUAGCGAAACUGUAACCGGACGCUCGCUGCGGGCGCGGCCGUUUGCGUUGCGCACAAAUAUAUUGGCAAAAACAAAAUGGAAUCAUGCAUUCAGCUAAAUCAUGUCUAUCUGUUUCCCGAACACAUUUACGCGCUUGAGGUCCGGGUGCACUGAUUCAAUAGCAAAUUAUGUAAUUGGUUCAUUAAUCCCAAUAUUUUGACGCUUUGGCGACAUCAUAUGCAUCAAAGAUAUAGAUAGGCUACAAGUAUCAAGAAAGGAUUGCUCAAUACUGUUGUCGAUCGUUAAAUAUCACUUCCUUCUAGCCUCUUUAUCUGUGUAAGGUAUAAUUAAAUGGACAUAUCCAACCAGUGCGAUUGAUUUGUUGCGCUUGUUAAACGCUUAACAAUUCCAAAGUGUCGCAAAUUUGAACAAAUCGAACAACGAAGACUUCGUUUGCUCACUGAAUUAAGUCAUGCUGUUUUUUUUUUUCAAAAAGUGCAUGUAGAACGCACACUUUCUUGCGGGUUUUACACUUGUAAUGAUCUGUUUAAUCUGGCCGUCCCAUAGAAAGCUGAAUAAAUCGAAAGUACAACGAAUCGAAAUCCCGCAUGUUGCUCGGGCUAUGCUGUGCACUCAUUACAAGUGGCAGAUAACUUCUGUAUCACAAUCGAAAACAUACAGCGAGGGCCCCCUAGAAAGAGGCGGAGACUUUGUAUCACGCGCAGACGGGACGUCAUUUUACAACAUUACUCUAAUGGGGCCAUUUAGAUUAUGGCACUGAUUGCAUCUUCCGCAUGUGUAGAUCUUUUUAUCAAAAAUGUAUGCACGAUGCUCUCGGUGCAAAGUAUCCAUGUUGCGGAACGUCAUAAGUCUUAGUUCAAUCAGAUUGUCUUUACUCUCUUGUGCUCAGUAAGUGCGUUCCUGUGACGUCAUUAAAGUCCAUAUACUAUAGAAAUGUUCAGCGGCAACGUACUAAUUGAUACCUCCGGUAGGAUCGUGUAAUGCCGUGUAGCGGAGCGAGGGCAUUUAUGCAGAGAGAACAUAAAACUACCUCUAACGCUCAGUGCUCUACAACAAAAGUAUACGGAUGACGUCAUAGGUGUUCAGGCUUAUGUUCAGGCGCUUAUGUAGCGUUGUAGGCUGUCAGCUUUUGUACACACUGUCGCCGAAGCUUCGCUAGCUUUAUAAAUAGCAAAACGUUUGCUCCACAUUGCCGGGGCAAACUCAAACCUCGAAAAAUACCAUUGAAGUGAUAAACUGCUUUUAGUGGAAAUUUAUAGUUGGCUAUCAAAACAGCCGUCAGCCACUGUAGUUCAUAGGCUGCUACGCAUCUACGAUAUUUUCAUGCAGGCGCGACAUCAAAAUAUAAUGAGAGCAGUUGUGCAUCAUUAGGAAGAAAAUUGCUGCUUCCUUGCUGAUUACACGCGUCAACGUUUUGAAGAGUGAAGCAACACAUGCACAGGCGCACACACUUUCAGAGCGGCGUGCAUUACGUUGUGAAAUUUCAGUCACUCGGGCUCUGAGUUCAGUCCUGCCCAUCUGGCGUGGCAGCCUUUUCUGGCCUUGUGCGUGAUACGUGUGACAGUUUUGAUAGUUCUGUGCUCAAAUUAUUCAGCGAUAUAUGAAAAUUGCCAAUGUGAGAAAAUACAGGCAAUGGAAGUGUUGAACACCGGGUACGACUGUGUGGAUUGUCAUCUCUGCUGUUAUGUUCGUCGCUAUUUGGAGCAUGUGUUCUCGCAGUAAAUGGUCAAAUGUCUUUGUUCUUUAUGUUUGUCUUAACUGGCCUUAGUCCUGACGAAUUGACUUACUAGGUGUUGCUAGCGUAAGCCCCAGCUCUCUAGACCCUUGUUGCUCCUCUUGGCCACGCAAAUCCUAAAUAGUGUUUCAUGAGUUAACUAAACGCCUGAUGCUAUGAUUGCGAAAUACAACUGGAGUACUGCAUACGAAGGCACUUCAUGGCUGCCCGUCUUGUGUUACUUCCACGUUAAACAUUACCAAACUAUAUCUUCAGAAUUCGAAUUGUCACACGUGGUUCGGUUUUCUCGCUAAACCGUGGUAACGGUGUCCUCCCGCACAUUCGGCUUUGAGACAACGCAGUCCUGUUAGCUUUGUGCCUUAGGUGAUGCUGUCCUAGGCGCGUCACUUACUUUCGCUUGGAUGGAUGGAUGGAUGGAUGCUAUGAGCGUCCCCUUUAUAACGGGGCGGUGACAUGUGUGCUCGACAAAAAAAAAAGGAACAAACCUUUAAUUUUUUAGGUUGGCGUAAUGCCUUGUCUACUACGGCUAAAUCAAUCUUAAUGUAGAGAAAAACAAAUUCACAGCCCAGUUCUCUGCCUCUUACGGCAGAAUAUCCUUACUUUUCUCACUAUUAUUUUUGUAUUUUCUGUCACAAAUACUCUAGCCGUCUCUUAUCUAUCGCGGGCUUGUUCAGCUCUCCAUUCUUCUACCUAAAACCCAAAGCUUCAUGCAGCGCGUGCUUGAACGUACACCUGUGCGGAUAUCUCCACAUUCAUUCAGGACAUGCUCCGCCGUUUCCUUAUC